CACAGAUCCCGAUCUUACCAGCCUUCAUUCCCGACCCUCGAGAGCGUGUUGAUCAACCCCUAAAGUUUAUUCAAAUAAACACCCCAGGAUAAUCCGGCAAUGGAGGACUCGAUGGCAUGGGAGGAACUGUCAGGUAUUCCAGCUGAUCCCCCGGAGAUGAGAAACCGGUGUCUUCAAUGCAGGAGGCCAGUGGGUGUGUGCUGGUGCCCAGGGCUGCCAAGUUCUCCCCUCAAUGCUGAAUCCAGGAUAAUAAUCCUCCAGCAUCCUGCAGAGGUCAAGAGAUGUCUCCGAACAGCACCGAUGCUCUCCCUCUCUCUGGAGCCAGACAAGUGCCUGACAUUCCGAGGGAAAAAAUUUCCAGGGACGAAGCACGAGGGACUCGUCGAAAUUCUCAACGACGAGAACACGAUUCUCCUGUAUCCAACAGCUGAUGCUGUUGAUAUUGCAGAAUUACCGAGGGUUGGGGUUGAUGGACAGAGUCCUUACAAUCUGGUGCUGCUGGAUGGCACCUGGCCCCAAGCAAAAGCUAUUUACCACUGCAGCCCAGCCCUGCAUGAACUGAGGGCCUGCAAAUUGGUGGGAGUACCAGCCAGUGAGUACGUGAUAAGAACUCAACCCACUGAGGGGUGUCUUUCCACCCUAGAGAGUGGAGCUCUAUCCCUUUCAAUUCUAGAGGGCAAGGAGUGGCUGAAAGAUGCAAUGUGUGGCCCCCUGAGAUACCUAUGCAAGUUUCAGUUGGACAACGGUGCUGUCACCCAUCAAAGCAAAGAAUUCCUGAUUAAACAGAAGACGUAUCCUAAACUAAUUGGUAAACGACUGGCCAAACAAUUACGCAUGAAUCCACAAUUGUCUUCGUGAAAAUUACUUUAAUUAUCUGACGAUUCAUGUACAUUGUCCUUAAAUAUAUUUUUGUCUUGUCGUGAUGAGAA